UUGAUGAUUUGUAUCGUAAUAGAGUAGCUGGUCUCGGCGAGUGCUGUGAAUGUUCAGUGGCGAAAAGCAAGUUUCCCAAACAAUCAAGGGAAGGAAACGGGAACCGACGAGACGUCGAGACAGCAAAUCGCCCAUCAAUUGGCGCGCCACGAUCCGUGCAGGGCGCGGAGAAGUGUGAUUAGCACAACCCAAAUGCCCCCAAGGGAAACGGCCGUAGUAUGCUAAGAGAACUGAUAGCCUGGGUGCUGAAUAACUACCUCGGGAAGUAUGUGGAAAAUCUUAAUACGGCCCAGCUGACAAUUGCGCUGCUUUCGGGUCAAGUGGAGCUGGAAAAUUUACCUCUUCGCAAGGAUGCUUUGCGUCACUUUGGCCUGCCGUUGCAGAUUCUGAGUGGUACGAUCGGAAAGGUUAAGCUAACCGUGCCGGUACGAGCAUUCCGGACCGCCUCCUGGUGUCUGUACAUAGACAAUGUGAGUGUUACCUGCGGCCCAAUCGACCUCGAACAGGACUGGAACGCUGAAGUCGAGCAGCAGACCGAACUGGAUCUGAAGGUUGCCUCACUGGACCGAUUGGAAGCGAAAUGGCGCGCCCAGCGAGAGACACCCGUCACCGAGGGAAGCUACUACGCUUCAUCCUAUUCCGGCUGGCUCAACUACGGUACCUCGCUCAUGACCAACAUUAUCGAGAAUCUGCAGCUCACGGUGAACGGCAUCCACAUUCGGUACGAGGAUGGAUUGACGAUACCGAACCAGCGGUUCGGCUGUGGCAUCAAGAUCGACUCGCUGUCGGCGCAGAGUUGCGACGCCAGUUGGGUGCCGGGCCGUACGGCGAACUGGAACGCACAGCAUGUCACGUUCAAGCUGGUUGAGCUGACCAACUUCUCCGUGUACUGGGAUCCACGGGCGGAGGCUGAGAUGGUGCACAUGAUCAGUCCGAUCAGCGUGAGGGCGCAGCUUCGGCGGGACCGUAGCGAAACACCCUUGCGUACCCGCAGCCGGCCGCGGCUUGUUUGUGAUUUGAUUUGGGAGGAAAUUAAGAUAACCCUAAGUGAUAUACAAUACAAUCAAAUGAUGCAAUGUGUCCGAGGACUGGACGAUAUUGCCCGAUAUCGUAGGUUUAAGCUGCAGCGUCCAACUGGCACAGUGAGUGAAAGUGCGCGCGAUUGGUGGCGGUAUGCCGUACGUUGCCACGGCCUCUGUCGCCAUCUCGGUGCGGAUCCGUUCGAGAUAGCACGGGAAAAUCUUCAGUACAUUCGAAUCUACACGCGCAUCGUCGUCAACCCGAACGAGGUGCUUUCGAGCGCGAACAAACAGUUCAAGGAUCGGAUCGAUCGCGAGCGUACCUUCGACGAGCUGCGGUUGCUACGGGACGUGUGCAUGGCGCAGGUUCCGUCGCUAGAGAAGACAGCUGCGCCAGCGCCAGCGAGCACCACCCCAAACCAGACGGGCAAAACAAUGCUGGUCCAUUUCUUUCCCCAGUGGUGGUAUAGUAACAGCAAUAAUAAUAAUACCGUUACAUCACCAGGUAGUGAGAGUGAAAGCGGAGAGCCUCAAACGCCCAGUCAAGAUGAUCACGGCGGUCAACAAUUGGCGCUAGAGGGUGGUGGGGGCUGGGGUCAAGAAGGAGGAGAGCUUAGCCCGGCGAGCAGAAGUUUCGAGGAUGAAAUUCUCGACGCGUUAGCCGGUUCGGUGGAAUCAAACUCGCUACUCAAACGAGAUGCCGUCUUUGGGAAGUUUAAUUUUAUCCUAAAGCGUGGCACGGUUGACUUUUGCAGUGCUCUCGAGAUGGCACCGAAGCUACAAUUCCUGUUUCAGGAUCUCAAGAUGGAUGUGGAGUCGAGACCGCGCAGUGGAUCGCAUUACGUAGGCCUCUCGCUAGGUUCCAUUUUGAUCAAAGAUCGACUGACGUUGAACUCACAGUUUCCCGAUCUGGUUAAACCACAGCAGAAGCAGGAGGAAACGCUGCUUGUACCGCAGCCGAUAAAUCCAAAGAGUUCCACUAGCGGAAACACACCUCUGGGACGUGCGCCGUCGGGGCGUCUCAGUGCGUCAGGCAGUUCAACCGAACCAAUAUUUCAGCUGCAGUACGAAAGAAAACCCCUUUCGUUCGACACCGACUACCGGUUGAUGGUUAAGUCGGAAUCGUUGGACAUCGUGUACAACAUGGACGCCGUCCGAUGGCUGAUGGAUUUCCUCGCUAAGCCACACCAACAGUACGACGCACGGCGCCGCCUGGAGGACAUGAAAAAUAAAACAAAGCAGGAGCUGAUGAAAAACUGGAACUACAUCAUCGAGGGCCACCUAAGCGAGCGCAAAACGUGGACGCUGGAGUUUGACAUCUCCGCGCCGCAGAUCAUUUUUGUGGACAAUUUUAGCGAUCGCACGAACAGCACGAUUAUUGUGGUUGAUUUCGGACGACUACAGCUGACAAAUGGGGACCAAGGGACGUCCGGCCAGGGUACUCAGAGUGCGACGGCGUCCGGUGGCUUUCUGGCGACCAACGCUGGACAACGAGACGCAUCACCCGAGAUGCAGACGGAGAAUGACGAGGAUGACGCAUUUAUGACGCCUUGCUCGACACCGCCGGGUUCGGAAGCGAGUACCACCAACUCACCGACGUUGGUUAGUGCAUUUUCUGAGGUUCCGGAGCCAAGUAGUGGCGUUGGUGAUCGAGCGGCUAACGCGGCUGGAAUGGUCAGCGGGGCUGCUCUUGGCGAUGCGCUGGACGAAUACCAACUAUACCAGAGACUGUACGAUCGUUAUCAUCUGCAGUUGACGGAUCUGCAAGUGCUCGUUUGUCACGCGAAGGAACGGUGGGCUUCUGCCAGUGUGAAAGGUACCUCGAACCUGCACGUACUCGAUCGGUUUAGCAUCGUGCUGCAGGUGGAACGGCGCGUCGUCUACACCAGCGACCCGCAGUAUCCGAGCUUGACGCUGUCCGGUACGCUUCCGAAGCUGAACGCGCACAUUAACGAGUACAAGGUGUCAUCGAUUCUGACGCUGGCGAACAAAUUGACCAAAGCGGGCGGUCCCUACAUGGCGGGCCCGGUGCCACCUUCAACGUCACCAAAACCACCCACCACACGGACCGAUGAGCUUGACACGAGUGUCAUAGCGAAAUCGGUAACGGGAGGGAGUGACCCCAGCGGGCCAGACGACGAGGAUGGAAGCAGCACGACCUCCGCGACGAAUAUUGUCGUUUUUCAGUUCACUAUCGAUCAGAUGUCGCUAGAGUUGCAAUCGCGCGGUCGGAGUGUGGCCGAGCUGCAGGUGUCUGGGGUUAAGGCGGGCUACAGUCAGCGGCCGGAAGACAUCAGCUUGACGCUUUCCGUACACGGGUUGCUGCUAGUCGACGCGAUGCAAUCAUUUGGGCAGGAUUUUGAGCUUCUCAUUGCUAGCCAUCGACAUGUUGGUAUGGAUAGUUUGUCGGGAAGCCUACGGCAGAGUGAACCAUGCUCGCCCUGCUCACCAGCUUCCCCACCAGAUCCGGCGAGUGAAUUUCGGCGUCCCACAAGCCCUCUAACGAUAUCGAAAGCAUUGAGCAAUCUGCAACGAGCCACUUCUCCCACAUGGAAUGCGGCAACACUCGGCGAUCUAGAUGCGCUGAUAACGGUGGAGAUUGUGUUCGUGAUGGCGGAACGGCCGGAGGACAAGCUGCAAGUGGCAAACAUACAGUUCAAUAACCUGGACAUUAUUGCAAACCAAGAAACGAUCGUAGAACUUUUGGGAUUUGUAAAGCGAGUUAUUCCAGCACCAGCACCAGCUCCACCGGAACAGACCGGAAUGUACACCAGCGACGGUGGUGGAGAGGUAGGAGUUGAAGGUAAACCCGUGGAUCCAUCUUCAUACCCUUCGACAGCGUCGGGGCAACGGCGUGCAUCGGAAGCCUCGUCAACCGAAACACCCGCUCCCGUUCGGUUAGAGAUAACGUUCGACUUUCAUCGUCUGAAUGUGCUCGUUCUUCGGGCCCUGAUUCGGGAUAACUACCUGGUCGGGCGUAAGGUCGGCACGUUCACGAUGUCGGAAGCAAAGAUCCAUGCUACCCUCGGAAGCGACAUCACCGUCGAAGGGUCACUGGGUGGUCUACAGGUGCUCGACCUAACACCGGAAGGGGUAAACCACCAGCGGAUACUGUCGGUCGGUAAGGAUCCCCUCACGGACAGCAGUGUGCCGGGACGAUCAACAUCUGCCACCCGCCACCCUUAUGGCACGGAUUCGGCUGGACCGGAUCUAAUGACGGCACUGGCGCAGGAAGUGUACGGUGGUGGCCUAAUGGGAACGGCGUCGAAGCGCCUCAACGACGACGAUAUGAUGACGGGAAUGCACGAAGAAAGGCAGGCCCUAUCGUUUUGCGUUUCGAAAGAUCUGCAUGCGUGCAUCGAUAUUCGCGUGAAAAUGGCAUCGGUAUGGUUCAUCCACUGCGCCCGUUUCAUGCAGGAGCUCAGCUGGUGUGCGACCGAGUUCAAGCACUACCUAAAGAAUCUGGCCCGAUCGAUACGCGAAAAGGCGACAGAUAUGGCGCUCGGGUUGGUACAGUCGCGGCCGGAUCUUUCCGGAAGUCGUCCGGAAAGUAUCUAUGCGUCACCGAGAAGAGUUCGCCGCCAGCGCACGGUUUCACUGUCGCGCGCACAGGAUGUGCUGCUCAAUUCGGACUACACGCUGAAGGUAGACAUAACGCUAGAGACACCGGUGUUAAUCUUACCGCGAAGCAGCAGCAGCCCACAGGUCCUCGUGGCCCACUUGGGACGUAUCACCGUAAGCAACACAACGCCGCCCGAUGCGAUGGAUCGUCCUGAACGCAUUAUAAUAAAUCGUACGAGUCCCCCACUGCGAGAAGACGAAGGAGGAACGUUGUUUAGUGGCGCCGAUCGUACAUCGGUGGAUUGCAAUCUGAGCGAUCUGGAUGGUAUCUACGAGCAGACCGAAGCGGAAACGAUCGACGACGGAGGCUUCAACAAUAGCAGCAGCCGAAUACGGUUCGCCAAGGAAGAUUCGACCGAGUUUAUCGAUAGCAUCGCGGGUGAUGCUGCGGGAGCCGGGAGAACGAGUGAAAAUUUGGACUUGUACAAGAUCGACUUCCGCAAUAUUAACUUGUACUCGCUUGAUACGACCAACCGAAAGGGUUUCCGCUUUGCGGGGCUACCGCGUGCGGAGGAACUUUAUUCGUGCAAGGAAAACGCGAUCCCAAUCAUCCACGAUACCAUCUUUAGCUUGGAGAUAUGCCGCGAGCGCGACGCUGGCGGUGAAACGGUGGACGAUUCCGAUGGAUUCCGCAUCGUGGGUUGUGUUGUAAAACCGCUUCGGUUGUCACUCAAGCGUCAACAGUACGAGCAGCUGCUGGAAACGAUCGAUAAUUUGUUUAAAAUUCCACGCGAUCUCGUGCGGCCUCCGAGCGAGGUUCCGACGACGCUUGAAAAGGUAUCGGAAAUUGCCGCAGAGGAUUCGCUCACUUUCCGAGCGUUUCCGAUGGCAUCGAAAGCGCGCCAGGGUUUGUUUUAUCAGUCCAGCCUGGAGGUGGAUCCGCGGACGGCGGGUGGAUCGGCCAUUAGCGUACGAGUGCACUUCGAGCUGCCCGCGUUCAUCAUCCAGCUGAACGGGAACCGCAACGAGGCACUGGUGCAGAUAUCGUUCCGCGAUUUUUGUGUCGACUUCGACAAGCGCAACCAAUACGAGACGCACAUCAAGAUUUCGCUUCGCUCGUUGCUGAUGGAGGAUCUGCUGCAGUCGGACACGGCAAAGACACGCUACAUGGUGGUUACGUCGGCGGAACGGGACGCCGAAGAGGAACGUCUGAAUGCGUCCUCGUUUGCGUCGCAUUCCUGCCCCAAUCCGGUAGGGUUGUUGCUGGCCAACUUGGAGGGUCUUCCAAACUCGCUGCCAACGAACUUGGAGGAUCGGAUGGGAUUUAGCUUUCUGGCGGCGAACCGUUCUUCGCUCUGUCCUGAUACGCCGCCACCAUCACCGUCGGUAGCGCGUCAGCAGCAGCAGCAGCAACGUGGCGCACCCGGUACGUCGCGCCUCAGCUCGGAGGAAAACCUUGUCAUCUACAGCUCCGUGCUGGUCGAUCCCACAUGUCCCACCUUUGCCACACAGUUUGAAUCUCUGCAGCAGUCCAGUUUGAUCGAUUUCAACAGUCUGGAUUUGAUCGUGUCCGUCGAGAGUUGGUUCGUGCUGUUGGACUUUUUCGGACUGCUUUCCGACUCGGAAUCCGAUCCAUCAGUGGACAGGGAAAAGGGAGGCUCGUCACGAACGGCACGUGCGACAACGACCACCGAUGCGACCGACCAAAUCGAUGGAAGAAACCCUCCAACAUCGGCGAGCCGACCUCAAUUCCUUACGCAAGGCGCCGACACCGAAACGGUUGCCGGUGGCCAAUCGAAGCUGGAAAUAUCGGUACGCUCGCUGAGUUUGGUGCUGGCCAAGCCAACGUGUGAGAUUGCUAAGGCGAACGUUUCGAACGCGCAACUGACCAUCUCCAAGCGUGGGCAGGCGAAGCAGGUCGAGGGCAGUUUGGGUUCGAUUACGCUGAGCGAUCUGACACCGUACGGGACGCUCUACCGGGAGAAGUUUAUGACGACGGGUAGUGAGGCGCUGAACUUUGUAUACGUUCGAGACAUGCCCAAAGGAAGGACGGUUCGGGGGUUGGAAAAGGAUGCGCAGCUCACAAUUGCCAUGUCCUCAGUUCGGUACAUCCACACGAAGCGCUUCAUUGCGGAGAUUCAGCUGUUUUUCAAGGAAUUUUCACAGCUACAAACGCCGAUGAUGCGAAAAAUUAAACCCUCCGAUGUGCGUGCCUAUCACAAUCAACGGCCGACGCAGCUCGGACUGUCCAUCAACGCGGGCGCACCAAUCAUACUGCUCCCGAUGAGCUACAAUAGUGAGCAGGUGAUAGUGGCCGAUCUGGGCGAGUUUACGCUAACGAACGAGUUCCGGUUGAGUGCGGGCGAUCGAGAGGUACUGGACGUGAUGCACGUGAACCUCUUUCAUACGGACAUCUUUGCGGCUCGCAUGGAACCGAAACCAGAGGAACGGUUCAGCGCCGUUCCUGCGAUGGCCACUGAUUCGACGGUGACGGCCGGCAUUGAUAUGAAGGGGUACCGGCUGGUAAAGAAGGGUUGCAGCUUGCUGAAGGAAAAGUGUCACUUGAAGCUCGAGGUGGAACGGAAUUUAGAUUCGUUGACGAGUCAUUUUGUACCUGAUAUUAGCGUACAUGGCACACUGUCGAAGCUGGACGCUUUGCUUGACCUACAACAGUAUCGCCUGAUCCGUGGUUUCCUCUCGCACAAUCUGGGCGAAUCGAUCGAUGAACUGUACCUGCGGGCAUUUUCCAUCCCAAAUAGCACGCUCUCUCUCAACAACGCCGAUGCGUCUUCCGAUCCUCUGGAAGAGGUGUGGAAGAAUCUUUCCAUCCAUCUCGAGCUGCUCGAUGUGUCGGUGCGUUUGGUCCACACGAUCGAGGACGAGCGGCGAGGAUUCGCGGAAACGCACACAAAACCGUUGGCCUGCGUGAACUUCAUCAAGUCGAAGCUUCUGGUGGAUUGUUUUAGCGACGGAGCUCAGGAUAUCGAUCUGGUAUCGCAAGAAAUUCAGCUGAUCGAUACGAGAUUCCUACCAUCGGAGUGCAGCGUCGACACACGCGACACUACCGCUUCCCACCGUACGCCACCGGGGCGACAGAAUAGCGCCGAGGUGCUGAAUGUGUUCCCUAACAUUUUGCAGCCGAUUCGCGGUGAACCUGGCACCGAGCUGGUGCAGGCGGAAAUACAUAGCCGCAGAAGGCGUGAUCUGACCAAGUUUACCAUCCUACUGAACAACAUGCGCCUGAUGGCGAUUCUAGAUUGGUUGGAAAAUGCCCGGGACUUUAUACUGCAGCAGGAAGAUCCACCACCGGAGGUGCAGCAAAUCUCCCUUCUGUCGGACGGAGGACUAUUGGAAGGAUGGGCCGAGUCGACGAUGAUGAGAAAUCGAUCCACCGUGGACAUUGCUGCAGUGCAGCGAGUGCCGACCCCGGUCGAAGAUAGCCGUAUGGAGCUGAAGCUGAACAUUACCGAUUCGGAGUUGGUGUUUGUGGAGAAAACGGACCAGCACGACACGAAUGCUGUUAUAUUGAAGAGCACAACGGUUGUUUCGUAUCGUCCGUUUGAGACCAACAAAACGCUCUCGAUCAAUUUGAAUAAUUUGGAAGUGUUCUCCUGUGUACUGGGCGCCGAAGAACGUACAGCCCUCUCCAUCAUCGACCCAGUGACGAUCAAUAUGGACGUAAAGAAAGGUGUCCUAGAGAUACAAAUGCAAAAACAGCUUUGCAUCCGUCUGUCCUACCAUGAUGUGCGGAUGUUUAGACAGAUGCUGGAGUCCUUGCCGGAGCAGACGAAAAAUGCACGCGAUCACAAACAACAACAGGAUCAACAGCAGCAGCAACAACAGCAGCAUCAGCAGCAGCUUCAAGCGAGUGAUGGCAGGAACUCCAAAACCGUGGAUAAACUGGUCCAUCUCGGGUUCCGGCGGGAUGAUUGUUUGCUUGCGCUGGAACGAUGUAGCUAUCAGCUAGAUGAAGCGGCCCUUUGGUUGACCCAGAAUAAGGAACCCCAUCGACACGACGAUGCUGGCCGUGUUCCGCUGCACAGUGCGGGCAGCAAUGGCAAGUCGGAAGGUGGAGGGACUCGUACUGAUGGCGGAGCACUGAACAUAAUCGCUAUCGAACUGAAGUCGCCAUGCAUAUCGAUCUGCGUCAUCGAUGACUGUCGUGAUGCCGAUGUGCCACUGGUGGAGCUUUCCUUGAGCAAGUUGGACCUUCGGCAGGAGCUUGGCCAACUGCAUCCGGAUCACAGCAACAGGAUGACCACGCUCACCGGGGACGAUCCGGACGUGGUGGACGCACUGGCCGCUACCUUUUCCGGCUACAAUGGGGGCCGUAUGGCGGGCGUUUUCGCAGCGGAUUACUAUAAUCGGGUACUCAGUGGUUGGGAGCCGAUGAUCGAAUCGUGGAAGCUGGAGGCCAAAUGGGGCUACAGCUUGGCGAUCGAAUCGGAUGCCGCCGGACCAGGCAAUCGGUUGAAUAUGCGGGUGGAAAGCAACGACACGCUGCGGCUGAACGUCACGAGCACGCUGAUCGAGUUGUUUGCGAUGGUGAAGGAUAACUGGAUGCAGGACUAUUACGUCGAGUCGGAUGGUUCGAAAGUGGGAUCAGCGUCAUCGUCUAUGGGGAAAAACAAUGGUCCCGCAAACUAUCGCCAGCGUGCUCCGUUCAUUCCGUUCGCCAUCAAGAACGACACCGGUGUACGGUUGUGGUACACGACACUGAUUUCCUCGGAGAUUAUUUCUUCGCGCGGAAAAACCAUCGGGUCACUACCGAACGUCCCGGCAGAAGCUAGCUGGACACUGGUGGAACCGGGCGGUGUGGCAACAUUUUCCUACGGAACACGCAAUAAAGCUCGCCAUCGGGACAGCCAUAAGGUGAACCUGCAUCAGAUAGCGGUCCGUGUGGAAGGAUGGCAAGAGGUCGGUCCAAUUUCAGUGGAUCGUGUGGGAACAUACUUCCGCCAUGCACGGCCCGAUAUAUGCAAUACGCUCGAUUACUCACAGGCACCACGCGCCCGGAUUGUGUUCGGUGUUACGAUGGAAGGUUCGGCUCAGAAACUGAUCACGGUACGAUCGGCGCUGAAACUCGUCAACAAGCUAGACCUACCAGUGCUGGUAAAGAUGGAGCACCUGUUUGGCCAUCUGAACAUUCGCAACUGGCCCGACACAAAGACGGCCAUUCUGCACUCGAACGAACAGCUGAACGUGCCACUGACGCAUGUGCAUGCCGUCCUUUAUUUCCGCCCGCUAGUUUCGAGCGUCACGGUAAAUGUGGCCAACGCGCUGGAAGACGCCAUCAGUUCCCUAUCCCCCUCCGCUUCGCCCGUUCCCGGAUCCAGUUCAAGUGACGGUUGGACGUUACUGCAGCGCUUCGACAUCCCGAAAACGGCGGCCCACAGCGGGUUCCAGUUUACCGACCGGGGUGUCCAGUGGGCGGAAGCUAUCGAGCCGGGUGAAAUCUAUCAGGAGCUGCGCAGUUGCCGUGGACCGCGGGAUAAAACGUGCAAAAUGCUACUGGCAAUCCGGAAGGAACCGUACCCAACGAAGGAUGUGAUCCAUCUGCCCGGGCACAUCAUCACCAUUUUCCCACCGAUGCGCAUCCACAAUCUGCUUCCGUGCGAUCUGCUGUACAAGCUACCGUCGGGCAGUCAGGGGCGUAUUUCAUCAUCCGAUACGGCCCGCAUCACCGAGGUAGACAUCGAGCAGCCGAUCACGCUUACACUGACGCUCGAUAGUUACCCGAACGCGGGCCAAAUCACAAUCCCACCGGGGACGUAUGGAUCGACUACGCUGGAUGUGCGAUUGUUCGAUAUGGGCGCCCGGAUGCUCAAGCUAUCGGCCACGAUCGUCGUUGUGAAAGGGCGCGGGGUGCAGAUUUCCAUCGGUGCACCCUACUGGCUCGUCAACCGUACCGGGUUGCCGCUGGUUUUCCGCCAGGACGACCUGGACACCGAAUGUGCGGGACAGUUUUCCGAAAACGAGCAGGCACGCAUGAUCACACCGUUUAUGUUUGCGUUUAGCGAUCCCAGCUGUUCGGGUUGCGUGACGAUGCGGCUCGGGCGUCGCUUCGGGACGAACCUGAACUGGUGCCAACCGUUCAAGCUGGAGCAGGGUACGAAACAUCGGCAGCUGCUCGGGGCCUCGGAAACGUUCAUCAUCGGCAUCGAGGUGCGUCGGGCGCGGGGAAAGUACGGCCAGACAUCGAUCGUGACGUUUUCGCCGCGCUAUCAGCUUUACAACCGGAGUAGCUACACGCUGCAGGUCCUCCAGAAGUGUCUCGUCAGUAGUACGACCGUGUACGAUCCGGCGGCGAAGUCGGCGUACAUCGAGGCCGUCCCGGGAUGUCACAUCCCGUUCCACUGGCCACGGUUGGAGAAGGAUCACGAGCUGUGCGUUCGAUUGCCCGAGGUGCCCGAAUGUCUGUGGUCCGGUGGGAUCCCGAUCGCCGGCACCGGGCUAAGCUUGUACAUUAACAUACGGAACAUGAACGGUGCGAUGCACUUCCUGCGACUCGAAACGAUCCUUCACGGUGCAACGUACUUCAUGAUCUUCAGUAAUGCCCAGGCACUUCCACCUCCGAUUCGUUUGGACAACUAUUCGCACGUACCGAUCACCUUUCACCAGGCGGACGGGCGAAGUACCUUCAAAACGGUCGUACGCCCUCAGUGUUCGAUUGCGUACGUGCUGGAUGAACCGACGGGUGCGCCCUACCUCCAGCUGGAAGCACCCGGGGGAGACUAUUCCAACUGCCGGCUGGAUGGCUUCGAACCGUUCCGGUUGAUGUACGAAAAUUUCAUCUACAUCGCGUUCAGUCAAACGUUCGAAGCGGUGCCAGCGUUCGGCGAAUGGAACGACCCCGGUGGUCGGUUUGAAGUACAAUCGCAACAGCUGGUGCUCGGUGUUGUCGACGGUCGGGUGCUGUUGGUACGCAAACAGGCCGGCGAUCGGUCCCAACUGUGGCGCAUGAACAACGAGAAGCAGCUCGAGCACGAGGGAACGUCGCCACCGAGUGAGCCGGGCAAAAAGCAACCGCGCUACGUGCUAGACCUUGAGAAACCCCCGCAACCGAUGCAGUUCAUUGGGAUGGUCGUGCGACCGGCCAAUAGGCAGCGCCGUUCCACCCAAACCUGGCACUUCACCGAGGAUGGCCGGUUGAUGUGCGAACACUCGAACAUGUGCGUUCAAGCGCGCGGGGGCUUCUUUGGACUUCGGGCCGGUUCCGAGGCGGUACUGGGGAUGUGCGUGUCCGACACGAAAGUCCUAACACAGUGUGGUGUCCCGUUCGAGCAGGCAAUCGAGCGGCAGAAGCUUCGGCCCGGCUCCGGAUGCCUUUCGGUUUCGUACCGUAUGGAUGGUCCGAUCAAAUCGAUCCAGAUACGGGACGUAAAGGCGGGCGGUCGCGGAGAGCUUACGUUGGACUCGAGCUGGAAGCAUGUAUCGCACAUUUUCACAUCCGGAGGCCCUAGAGGAUCGUUCGAUGGAAGUCCCAGUCAGGGCAGACGUAACCGAACGUCUGAGAUUGAGCGCCGUGGCACGGGCAAGGAAGUACACGAGUAUCAUGUGCAGCUGAAGCUGAGGAAAGGGAUCGGUCUGUCCCUGAUUUCGAACCAACCGUGCGAAGAACUGGCGUACGUUACGCUGGAGAACAUCCACAUGGAGUACAUCCGGACACCGGCCGUGAAUUCACUCGAUUUUUCCGUCGGAGAUAUGCAAAUCGAUAAUCAGCUGUUUGAGACCUCAUGCCCGAUCAUGUUGUACACGAUCGGCGGUGGUGGUGGUGGAAGCGGUGGGACGACCGGAACUACACUUGGAACGUCUAUCGAUGGUACCACAAUGCCGAGUUCGCUGCAGUUGAACGUAAAGCAGCUACCCUCGCCGAACACGAAUGCGGUCAUUUUUGAGCACUUUAUUCUUAGCAUCCGCCCGGUGGCCGUCUAUCUCGAGGAACGUUUGUUUCUGCGGAUGGUCAAGUUUUUCGGCUUCGCAAAAACCACCGUCGAUCCGACGACACUUCCCGACGAGACUGAUUACGAGGCGCAGAAGAUCAUCUAUAAGGUGCUGGAUAGUAACGUUAAGCGGUACUAUUUUGGCGACUUACGUAUCAUCCCCGCCCAGAUCCGGUUAAGUUUCGUCACGGCAAGCAAGCUGACGCCGGAAUUUGCCGAGAUUAAGCGCAACCUUGGGUUCACAUUCAUCAAGUUCGAGGACGCGGUCAUCAACUUCGAACAGUUCGCGCACAAGUAUCACUUCGAGACUAUGGACGCGUACCUGAGCGCCAUUCGGGCGCAUUACAAGCAGGAGCUGAAGUGGCAGGCCGCCUCCAUACUGGGCAGUGUGGACUUUCUUGGGAAUCCGCUCGGCUUUGCAAACGAUCUUUCGGAAGGAUUCUCCAGUCUGCUACUCGAGGGAUCGAUCUCGUCGCUGGUAAAGAACGUCACGCACGGUAUCUCAAACUCAACUGCCAAGCUGACGGAAACGAUCUCGGACGGCCUGGGGAAGGUGGUAUUCGACGAUGAGCACGUGGAAACGCGCCAACGCAUUCUGGAUGUGUCCGGUGGGAGUGGAAGUGGGACGACCGGCGAUCAUCUGGUGGCCGGUUUCCGUGGGUUCACCUUCGGUCUGCUGGGCGGUGUAACGAGUAUCGUCAAGCACACUUAUCAGGGUACGGCCAACGAUGGGCUGUCGGGAUUUAUCACCGGUCUCGGCAAGGGGCUCGUCGGGACGGUCACGAAGCCGGUGAUCGGAGUUUUGGAUCUUGCAUCCGAAACAGCGAAUGCGGUUCGUGAGCAAAGCAAAGGCUCGAACCGAAUCCUGCCGGAACGAAAACGACCACCACGGACGGUCACCGGGGCGCCGGGUGGAUUACUGCCACCUUAUUCGUACCUCCAGAGCACCGGUCAGCAGUACCUGUUUCUCAUCAAUAAGCGAAACUUUAGCGAGCAGUUUAUGGCGUACGAACCGUGCCUGCUCGAUACGAGGGACUCCAAGAUGCGGCUGCUCGUGUCGGCGGAGAACGUGUGGGGCUUUUCGAAGAACGACGAAACGACGAUGAUCGUGUUCAACUAUCCGAUGAGCGAGAUCAUUUCCUGCCAGCCAUUGACUGUUGCACCACCAUCAUCGAUUGUGGGUGGAUCCGGCAACCGGAAAACGUUUACCUACAUAGAGUUUUGUCUUUCGUUGCCAACAAAAUCUUCGCUGACACCGAGCGCGCCGGAGAUGGUCAAGAGGCCUCGCGUACGCUGUCAAAAUGAAGAAAUUGCUAAAAAGAUAUGCUACCAUGUGAACUUUGCAAAAUGCAUCUAUGACGAACGCGAACAAACAUUGAAUAUCAACAACCCUGUGAUUGAAUAGUGGACUUGAACGAUCGCUGGCAGAAGCGCUGUUUUUCUUGUAAAUAAUCAAUCCAAAGCAAUCCUUUAGCUAGAGAUCCGGCAAAGAGCAAAAGAAGACGAAGGAAGUGUAACCCAUCACGGGACAUAUAAAUGGCUGGUCCCCUCACUAUAUCCUUUCCGGCAAUAAUCUGUGUUAUAUCCAACCCAAGCAGACUUGUUGAAUUUAUCGUUUAUUUUUAAAUAUUUUACAUAAGUUGGUUAUGUAAGGUAACCGAAAUGCUUACCCAAACCAUAUGCCUUUUUUAUACCAUUGAACUAAGUAACUGUUUGUAUUGUAAGAAUAGUUAUAUUAUUUCUGUUAUUUUACGUCAAGUAAAUUGCGUUGGAAAUUCGAUUUUACCCUUUUAUAUGGGGAACCGGGCAAGCGUAAUGUUAUGUGAAAUAUAAAUUAUUUUCGAGAAUC